AUGAUCCUCAACAUAUUCGCUUUGGCUCCGCUGCUCGAACGUUUCGAGGCCGAGAAUGGCUCUCUUCCGACUCUGCUCCUCUUUACUGGCCGUUCGUUCUUCCCGCCGUCCCCAAUUGGCUCCCUGUCUAACCAGUCUGCUNNAGCAUUCGGCCUUCUUCCAGGAGGAAGCUACACCUUGAUUGAGCGCUUCAUCUUCAGAUCAAACACUGCUGUCCAGGGCGCAAGGUCAGACACCCGACGGAUUCCUACAUUUGCUUCUGCUAAUACCAUCUGCAGCGUCUGGGUCUUCCUUCUCCUGGCUUCCGAGUCCAUCAAGACAUACAAACAAAACCCCAACUUCGCUCUCGGCCCUUACAACAUUCCUACUUGGACUGCUCCNCUGAUCCUCAACCUCUUUGUCGCCGUCCUUGUCCCCAACACCAGCUUCCUUGGUCACUUGUGCGGUCUCGCUGUUGGAUACCUCUGGGGCUUGGGCUACGUCAAGUUCCUCGUACCCAACGAGAAGAUUCUGCGAUGGAUCGAGGGCAAGCUCAACCUGCUUGGUCGCCUCCCUCAUUACGUUUCAGUUGACCAAAAGACAUAUGGAAGAUAUGGUGUGCUGCCGACAACCGCAGCGCCUAGGCCGGUCCCCACUCUGGCGCCCCUGGGAAGUACUCAAAGACUUGGUCCUUGA